AUGAUGACAGACAGGCGGAACAGCCAUCCUUCCAGUACAUUACUCAUUGGCCAGACACUUGAAAAAUCCUUUGGCGUCAUGCCAAUGGUUAUUUCUUUUCUAACUAAAGCUGACAGCACAAUGACAACGAGGGACCAUUCAAAAGUUCAUGAGGUUGGGAUAGAUCACAGUUUGGAGGAGAGAGAUGAUAACUCGGUGAGGAAUGACACCAAGACAUGA